AUGGAGCAUUUUGAAACCUACCACCGAUACGCAACUUCUAAAUCCGAAGUUUCCUACCACAAUGAUUUGGAAAUACAACGCCAACUGCUUGUCAGGACGGCAGUGUUCUUCCGUGCGCUUCUUCAGCAAGACGUGCAGCUCCGCUUAGCUGACGCCCGUUUGCACACCGCCAGUGAUGGCAAGCCCAGGUCAAAAACAGAGUACGAGGUAAAGUACCAGCAGAUACUGGUUAAAUUAAAGGAAUCUCAGCUUGCCGCGGAUAAGCUCAGACAGCAGGUGAUCACGCAAAAGUCUGUGCUAGGGAGUAAGAUAGAUACGCUCAAGGCCAAACUUGAGGCGCUGGAAAAACGCAUCACUUCUCCCUCACGUGUCAGACCAACAGCUCCACGGAUCUCCCCUGGAACCCUCCCGUCACGGGGGCGAACCAGCGAGCACUCUACAUUCUCCACGUCGCCUUAUCUCAAACGGAUUUCCUCCAGACCUGGGGUCAAAAGCAACAUCUCACCAUCGCGAUUGCCAUUGCCUUUGACCCACUUUACGAGGCCCAGAAUUACCAAGCCACUUUUGUCCCCGAGAAACGCGACAGCACUCUCCCCGAGAGGCGGUCUCUCAGCGACCUCAACACCAAACGGUGUUUUGUCGCCCCUUUCCAAAAUGCUCCAGUCGCGCCGAACCUCUACUGGAUCCACCGGGAAAGCCCUCACGUCCAGACUCAUGAACGUCACAAAUGCCAGUGUCACAGAAAUAAACCGGAGCGCGUCUCAGAUUAUGAAAAAGAAACCAUUGUUUGACGAUUUGGACGAGACGUUUGGUGACACCCGUGAAGCCGAGGAUGCCGUGUUCACCAACUCGCUCCAGCGAGUAGACUUGCUUCUGGAGAGCCCGGAGCACAACAACCUUAAGCGGAUUGUGAGACAACACAGCCGGCCGAGUCUGGCGGAUAAGUUGCAAAAGCGGAAGUUAAAGCCGUUGGGUGUGGCGGACCGCACGAUUGUAUUUCACGACGGAGACAUCGAGGACAUGCACGAGGUGUAUAGGAAUACUCCUAGUAAGGCGAAAAUUCCGAGCGCACGGGACAUUAGCCCCGUGAAAAGAGAUGGGAAGACUAAGUUUAAGAUCUAGAAGGAUGAGUGGGUAUGAAAAUAAAUUUCCGGUAUGUGUCGUA